GAUCAUGCGUCUAACAACACUGUUUCCUCCAUGAUCUAGAUAUGCAAGAUUUAUUUUAUGGACUUUAGACUUUGAACUACGUUUGAGAGACUAAUAAAUUUAUCAUUGGUAUUUAAUUAAAAAGAAUUAAACAGGAAUAGUUGUACAUUAUCUUUGUGUAAAAAUGGCGCGUGUGCUUGUAGGUGUAAAAAGAGUAAUCGAUUAUGCAGUGAAGAUUCGCGUAAAGCCAGAUAAGUCUGGGGUAGUUACAGAUGGCAUUAAACAUUCAAUGAAUCCCUUUGAUGAGAUAGCUAUAGAAGAGGCAGUUAGAAUGAAAGAAAAAAAGAUAGCUCAGGAAGUGAUAGCAGUCAGCUGUGGACCAACGCAGUCGCAAGAUACAAUCAGGACUGCGCUUGCUAUGGGUGCAGAUCGUGGAAUUCAUGUAGAAGUAUCUGGUUCCGAAUACCAGACAUUGCAACCCAUUCAUGUCUCAAAGAUACUAGCUAAACUGGUGCAAGAAGAGAAGGUCGAUCUGGUGAUACUUGGUAAACAAGCUAUAGAUGAUGACAACAAUCAAACUGCACAAAUGACUGCUGGCAUUUUAGAAUGGCCAUCUGGCACUUUCUGCAGCAAGAUCGAAAACAAUAACGGCGAAUUAACCAUUACGCGCGAGAUUGAUGGUGGGUUAGAAAUCAUCAAGAUGAAAACUCCCGCAGUCCUGAGCGCCGAUCUUCGCCUGAAUGAACCGCGUUAUGCGACUUUGCCAAAUAUUAUGAAAGCCAAGAAAAAACCCGUUAAGAAGGUUACUCCAAAAGAUCUUGGAAUAGAUGUGGCACCAAGAAUUGAAAUACUCUCAGUAGAAGACCCACCAGUUAGGCAGGCUGGUGCUAUAUUACCGGACGUGGAUACUUUGAUAACCAAAUUGAAAGAAGGUGGCCACGUUUAAUCAAGUCAUGGGAUAAUUAUAAGUAGAAUAGAAGUGGUAUUUUAACUCUUCUAUUUUGAUAACUUGUUUUGUAUAUAGUAUAAUGCUUUUGUACAUCAUCAGAAAUUGUAUUUUAUAUAUAUAUAUAUAUAUAAAUUUGUACUGUAGUGCACAUAUGUGUGCUUAUAAGGAAGAGAAGAAAAUUAAAUAUAUAUAGGAAUAUAUUUAAUAAAAUACUAUCUAUAUACACAUUAAUUUUACAUACAUAUAUACAUAUGUAUAUAUAUAUGUAUAUGUAAAUUGUUUUGUUUCUUAUCAACGCUUGACAAACGAAUUUAAUCUAUUUUAACAGCGAAACAGUAUUAGACAUUUUUCUGAAAUAAUGUAUCUAUAUUGUAUAUAUGUACAUAUAAAUGUUUUUCUGUAAAAGGUAACAUCGAUAACGAUACUAUAAAUAUGUUCUCAUUUUGUGCAUCAAUGUUUAUUUUGAUGCAACGCAGAUAUUAAAAUGGA